GGAAGGUUUUAAUGUUUUUGUUUUUCUUCGAUCACAUGAUAUGUUCAAAAUGGCUGCUGGCUCCAGGAAUUUCUCCUUUCGACACGAGGGACACAUGUUUUUUAUAUACAAUCAUAAAAAGAAAACAGAGGAGGAUGAUCCUAAAGACGCAAUACUCUAUUUUUAUCCUCGUUCGGUGUCAGUCAAUCAUCAGGUUGCCCUGGUGGGUGGUAUCAUUGGAUUGGCUGAUUUUUGCCUCGAGUUCAUACCCCAGUGUGUUCCUAGUAUAGUCAAGUUGGCAGGUUAUAACUUUGCUUUGCUACAGCAUGAGGACUUUAUUAUUGGUCUGGCAGACAGUCCAGAUAUUCCAGACCAGUUCCUGACGUCACACCUUCAGUUUGUCUGGACUACAUUUAUGUUGUAUCAAGGAAGCCUUGAUGCUAUUAAAGAGCGUGUUUCUGAUGCAAAUUUUUUAAAAGAAUUGAAUCGUGUGUGGGACAUGUAUCUACCAUUGUGUCAGAUUCAAGGCGACCUGCUGUCUCAAGCUUUUCAAGUCUUGCCCUAUGUCCAGUUGCACAAAAGUCAAGGCAAUCUGUUCCUCCAUGCGUCCCAUAUCUUGCAACGAAGUCUUAGAUGUAAGGGUGUCAUAGCAGGAGCACUCUUCAAUAGAAAUAAGGUUCUGUGCACUCAACUCAACAACAAUUUGACUCGACAACUGCUACUCCUAAUGUCCCACAGUCAGUUUCCCUGCGUGGAGGCCAAUUCUUUGCUGGAGCUACCAGGAGGUGUGCGUCUGCUGUAUAUUUUCUUACCACAAGAUGAAUAUGCUUCACUUGGACACAGAAGAAAGAAGUCCUACACCCAGAAAACUUCAGAGGAUCAAGAUAGCACACAGAAACCGAAUCAUCUUUUGCUUCAGAGGCAGAAAGGCUCAACUUCUGGCAGCUUUCAUUCUGAUGGGACACAUGGCAGAAGUGGCAUCCAAAGUAUCCCAGUAUCCCCGCAGAGCAGGAGGGGAUUCCCAGCUUCUCCUACUGCCACUGUUGCCUCUGGCACUGACUCUGAGGUAUUCAUGGACACUGUGUCUGAGUUAAACUUUGAGAAUGACAGUAAGUCUGAAGAAACAAAGCUCUCAGAUUCUGGGGAUAAUAAACCAAGGUCUUUCAGACAAUCAAAGUUACCUUCCAGUACUGAAAUCAUUUCUGAAACUAGCCAGAUUUUUCCCCCACCAAAAACAAGUGAUGCCAUGUCCGAAGCAGAAAAAGUUAAGCCGAAUACUCUAACAGACAUGUCAUCCCAACAAAAUGAAACGUCAACACAGAUUAAAGAUUUGAAACAAGUGGACACAAAAAAUAAAGUUACAGAAGAAGAAGCACUAUUUCCUUCAUUAGAUUUAACUGCUUUAGUUCCACCAGUUCAAAACUUAACAUUAGUGACUGGGGACUCCACUGACAACAGCGUCAGUUUUACUCCCAGUGUCAAUGCUAAUAACGACGGCAAAACAGAAUCUUUGGAAAGAUUGAGCCUUGAUGUUGAUUCUUUAGAAAAAAAUGACAAGUAUGCUAGUAAAGCUGAGAACUCUAUCUGCAGUAAAACCUCCUUUGAUGAAGACCUUAUUCAAGACAGUGAUUUUAAGGAUGAUUCGGAUGAAAAGAAUUAUAAUUCCAAUCGUUCAUAUUCUAGCACUUCAAAUGAUCGAGACAUAGAGUACAAAUUGUUGUCUUACGAAACAGACGCAACUUUUCUUACAACUAAAUUAGAACAAGGCGCUCACAGUGCUGCUAUGACUGAUGGCAAUUCCUCAUUGACCUGUACAGAUGAAAUGGCUGCUGUUUACCAGGCAGAUAUUGAUGACGCCAACCUUCAGACAACGCUUGCCAAGAGUCAUAAAGAUAUUGAUGCAUCACUUGAGGUGCAGAUUAGCAGCGAAGAAACAUCCUCUGGACCUAGGCCAGAGAAUUAUGAUGGGUCACAGCUGUCCCUGGCUGCAGGUGACAACAUGAGCGCCAGCCGAGACCGCCUAACGUUUGAAAUGGGGGAUAGUGAAUACUCGGAAGGAGGCAUUAUUUCCCCAGUGUCAGACCUGAGCAGGCUCUCCCCUGUUCUAGAGCUGACGGGUGAUGACAGCCUUCUGUUAUCUCCUUCUGAUUACGAUGUUCAGCUGCGAGUUAAAAAUAGGUCUGGGCGUUCCUUUUCUGCUGCUUCAGAUUCUAGAAGUUCAUCGCAGAUAUCCCAACGCAAUGGAUUACAAGAAGUUUUAGUCUAUGCUCAAGGCCAUUCUGACACUCUUCUAGUCUUACUACUGUCCAGGAGUGCCAAGUGCAGCAAAUCAUUCAUCAACUCUUUAUGGAAAUCUUGUCUGUCUCACUUGGCUGAGCUUGACUUUGAAGUGAAGGAUGCUGAACGCCAUGUUAAAGAUGAAACAGAGAAUAUUGGAGCCUCCUUUCAGUACAUCAAAUAUGAUUCAUUCACACAGAGUUUAAAAGGUUCAGCACUGCUUCCCAUCACAAGUCUAGCCAAUGAGAUUGUGGACUCCAGUGUCAAGAUGCACAAAUCCUUCACAGAAAUGCCAGAUCUUCAAGAUAUAACUUACAGGUCUCACUCGGCCAGUUGUUAUGGUCAUCGAUCUGUCAGCUCUGAGACGUACUUUCAACUAAGUCUGACUCCUUCUGCUGCUGGUAUCUGUUCACCCCAAGAUAAAACCUUCUCUCUGGAACAAAUAGCGGAAAAAGUUUUGCAGAAAGAAGCCAAAAUCUCAAUGCUUUGAAGUUUAGAAAUUUUUUUUUGUUCCCAUCAAAAAAAAUUAAAUAUUGGCCUCUUAGACCCAUUAGCUAAUAAAUCCCUCCCAAAAGUCAAGCAGAAAUUUUUGUUUGCAUUAUGAUAAACAAAGAAAACAUUUUGUUUAGCAUUUCAAAAUCUAGUCGUAACUCAUUUACCAGCAUUUCCUUUACCAGUAUGCAAUCUUUUAUUAAUUGUUUAUAAUAAUUAUUUUUAAAUUAUCAAUUAUGAAUCUUAAUAUAGAGAUUCAAAAUUCUUUAUUGGCUUGUUAUACUUGUAUAAAUUCAUAAAUAUAAAAAAAAAUUCUGAUAAUAAAUUUGACCUUUCUAACUUGGUCAGAACUUGUUCAGCAUUCUAUGUCUUUUCAUCCUGAGCAUCUACUCUUCCAUCCCCUUGGGUGUACUGCUCUGGGACGAGUUCAACAUUUUUUUUUUCCAUUCAGAUCUCACCAGAGCUUUUUUCUACAAGUCUGAUCUGUUGUAGUAGAUUAUUCUCUACAUCAUUGAUCCUCUAUUCUAUGACAUUCAGAUUCUUUCAAGCUACCAACAAUGAAAUCUGCUCUUUUAAAUGUGCUAUUAUAAAUGGGUCUUAACAUAGUUGAUAUAUAUUGUGAUUGGUGCUUGUCUUUGAAUUCACUUUCAUCACUUAAGCUUUAUAUAUAUUACUGGGAACCUUCCUUUUCCCAAGUAUUUACAGAUUUUCUGCUUUCUUUCUUUAUGUGAGUGUCCAGGUCUUGCAUGACUGCCUUGCCUUAUGGAAAUUUUUGUAAAUAGUUUUCUUUGAUUUCCUGAGAUUUUCUUUUGGUUAAAGGAUGAGAUCUAAUCAAAUGUUUCAUUCCAUUUUUCUA